GACAUAACUUUUAGUUAAGAUAUACAUUGCUGUUUUCCCUGUUCACAUCGUGGCAAUCUUAAUAUGCGCCCCACUGAAACGUGCAUAAUAUAUUUCUGGUGGUUAAUGGUGCGUUUUAAGAUAAAUGUACGAAUAUUUUAGUUCCUGAACGGAACUGUGUUAGGAUAACAAGAUAAAGGACUUAAAUGUAUUCCCACGUAUACUAAUAAUGUGCCAUACAGUAAGUCGGCCAAGUAAGAAGAAUGAAUUCAACCCCAGAAAAAAAAACAGUCGUUGCGCGACAUAAAACUACAAUAACCAACGGACUCGCUGUCUCUGUAUUUCGACACACAUGCCAGCGCUGUUGAAUUACGUCAUGCUCUGGUGACUGUUCGACGAAUGACUGUUGGAAGUGUUUUGGCAAGGGACAGCUGUAUAACUUCACUGGAAGAGACCAUGGUUUACCUGAAGCGGGAGCCAGGCCCAUGAAGCGAAAGCCCUGUGGCUAAAUAUGGCCUCCGAACUGCACGAGACCAUAUUUAUGGCCAAGCAGGAGCGACACAAGAACCUGUUCCUGAACUACAGGAACCUGAACAUUUUCCCAGUGGAGCUCCUGAAGGAUGAGGGCCUGCAGUUCCUUGAGAGGCUGUACAUGAAGAGGAACUCGCUCACCAGCCUGCCUGAAAAUUUGGCCCAGAAACUUCCGAACCUCAUAGAGCUAAGUCCGGGUUCCAUUUGGAUGUGGCCCAGCUGGAUGGUCCUGCAGACAUUUCUUUGGUAUCUCCAUUCAAACAACAUUGUCAUUAUUCCUGAAGCCAUCGGCAACUUGGCCAAGUUACAGUCCCUGGACCUGAGCGACAAUGCCCUGCAGGUGGUCUGUCCUGAAAUCGGCCGGCUGAGGUCAUUGCGGCACCUGAGACUGGCUAACAACCGCCUGAAGUUCCUCCCACCAGAUCUAGGACGCUCCCGGGAGCUGCAGUUUGUCUUCGUCGACAACAACAUCCACCUGAAGGGCCUUCCAUCUUACCUGUAUAACAAGGUCAUCGGCUGCAGCGGGUGUGGGUCGUCCAUGCAGGUGCUUGAUGCGAAGCUGCUGUCCGUCAGCCUGGGCGACGUGUCCAUCCCGCUGCCAGCAGAGGUGAAGGCCAUCGGCUCGGAGGCAGAGCUGGUCCUGCCUCUGGAGGAGCUGGCCAUGAGAUCUUUGUACUCCAGUUUCAGCCUGUUGCUGAGGAAGCCGGACUUCCUGCCUCCCAUGGCGCUGCCACGGAGUCUGCUGGAGCUUCUCUACUGCCCCCUGGGGCAUUGCCACCGCUGCAGUCAGGCCAUGUUUACCAUAGUCUAUCCCAAGCUGUUCCCCCUCAGGGAGACGGCACUGGCGGGGGUGCAUGGCAGGACAACGGUGAGCUUCGUGGCUUACUGCUGCUCCGGUCAGUGUAUGCGGACCUUCGACCUUCAGAGCUGAUCCCUAGGCCUGGUGCUGCCCCCCCCCCCCCCCACCCCUCCAUGAUAAAACGAAGAAGAGGACUGGAGCUCACGUCGGCGUGCCGAGGACCUCCCAACUGAGGCCAAGCCAGAAUCCCAGUGGCCUCCCAGCCCAGGACUCUAACUGGACGGGCACGUCUAAACACAGAACAGAGCCACUUGGCUGGGAUUUCACGCCGUCAUUAAGUGACCUGUUUUAAUAUAGUUUUUUUUUUUUAACACAAAGCUACUACUUUGGCUGCUGACUGAUGAGGAAUGAGAAGAGUUUGUAAAUACUGUCAGCAGCCUGAAAAGAGGUCUAUUUUUCAUCUGCGAGUAGCACACACUUAAUUUACACUAAAAUAUGGCUUUCAAUUAUUUUUGUCUGCAUCCCACUCAGAUGGAUAUUUGUCAUAUUUUUGUACAAGGCAAGAAACUAAUAUAGGGGACCCCUCAUCUGCAAUAUGGAACACAGAAAACUAGGGAGACUCAAUGACAGGUUUGUAUUUCUACCGAAGACCUGUUCUGUCCCUGAAGCUGGCAGAGUGUCGUCCAGCUGCCGUUAAAUCACCUGAAUGCACCGUUCAGGAGACUGUUCUCAGACUUGGAAACCGGGGUGGUUGUUUACAGCCCUGAUUCUGUUUCCUUAUCUGAUUUUUGCAGAUCUGUUGAUGGUGAAUGUGUAUUUUUAACAGCGUGGCCCGUUAGAGGUGAAGCUGUUUUGCUUUGCAGCUGUGCAUGUGGUGUGUUUGAGAAAAUGAAAAUGUGCAGAUUUUUUGUUAUAAAUGGCGUGCUUUUCCACACGGGGGCCUGACUUCCAACCCGCCAUUCUCCGUGGUGUUUGUGUCGUGUUUACGUGGACAGCUGAUCCAUCUCGGCCCUGCCGCUUUCAUAGUGACCUUUCCCGUGGCUAUAGCAGACCGGGACUCGUUCCAGGUGUGAUUCGUGUAUGUGUACCAAUUCUCCUCAGUAAUUAACAACACUGUAAAUGUGAAGAAUAAAGUCAGAAACACUUUGUAGGCCAUACGUCGCCCUGGUACGAUUUCAGCCUGGAUAUGUGAGAUGAAACUGACAUUUGGAGUGAAAUCUGCUCGUUAGCAUCCAGACGCAUAGUAAACAGCAAGGAGAGCGAUGGAGUCCUCAGCCUGGGUGUUUAUGAAAUGGGACUGACAGGCAAACCCUUUCGCUUAGACACCCACCACGCGUGUGUUCCUCACCAAAGGCAGCAAGGUCGCUGGACCCUCAUGUCAAUGCUGUCUGGCUGUAAAGUGAACUGGCUGUAAAGUCUGUGUGAGCAGUAGACGAGUUGGACUCAGUGCUCAGAGUGAAUACGACAAACUUCAUGAUGCUCCAGAGUCCAGUGAAGCUGCCCGUAAUCUGUACUGUCCGGGAUUAGCGGACGGUGCCGGGGCUCUCUGACGUUAGCGAUGUUGUGAAGCUUUACCACUGCCCUCCUGACGUGUGUUUCAGAAAUAAAUGACUUGCUAUGCUGAAA